AUGGGUUUAAAAAAUGGUAAAUAUGACUUCUCACGUGAACAUUCCUCAACAAAUGCAAACGAAAGUUUACCAUCGUAUCCCAUCGACACGAAUGAAUCGUUUAUAAGCAGAAUAUCCAAAUUCGAUAUCAAAUCUCUGCCGAAAUGUACGCAUCAAGACGUUUUAACCGAUCCGAAUGCCACAAGUCUCGAUAAUCUAUCGCUUGUUUGGCUCGAUCUUGAUGUCUAUCGUUGUCCAUCGAAUAUUGACACUGAAGUCAAGUUAAAAAACUUGAUUAGUUACGUUCGAACAUUCAAUCAAGUGGAAGUUUGCGAGAGAUACAUCAAACAAAUCGGUCGAAUGAAUAACGUCAACGUACGGAAGGAAUAUCUACUUGUGAUUAUUUCAACUGUACUGGCACCGACACUCAUGCCUCAUUUACAUGACCUACCUCAAGUCAAAUGUGUUUAUAUUUAUGGCAAACCUAAGACAAUCUCGAAAGCGCAUCAGGAAUGGCUUAAAACCUACAGCAAGGUAAGAGGUGUGUUCAACUCAUCUCGUUCAUUAAUCGCGCAAAUAUCUCAAGAUCUGAAAUGA